UACAGGCAGGGCUGCCAUUCAAUACUCCCCCUCGGCUGCUGGCCCCCUGCACUUGUGGCUCUCCGGGGGCCAGGCAUCACCUCCCUCCUGCACAGCCCCAGGCGAAGGGCAACAGCACAUCGCCGCGAUGCCAGAGCCGUAAAGAAAAUCCAAGAUCACAGCCUCACGCAAACUCUUGUUGAAGAGUUUGAUGCUGGCAAAAGCCAAGGAGGAGUGGGAUCAGGAGAUCGUGGACAAGCAGUCAGAAAAGGAGAGAUACCUGUCGGAGCGGAUUACACCGCUGCACACCAGUGGGCUUUCCUUGAGCCAGCUCCAGGACCUGUGCAGGGAGCUGCAUGAGAAGGUUGAGAUUGUGGAUGAAGAGAGAUACGACAUUGAGGCGAAGUGCAACCAUAACACCCGGGAGAUCAAAGAUCUGAAAAUCAAAGUCCUUGAUCUCCGAGGGAAGUUCAAGCGGCCCCCCCUGCGCCGAGUCCGCGUCUCUGCUGAUGCCAUGCUGAGGGCUCUGCUGGGCUCCAAGCACAAGGUGUCCAUGGAUCUCAGAGCUAACCUGAAGUCUGUCAAGAAGGAGGACACGGAGAAGGAACGCCCCGUGGAAGUGGGCGACUGGCGCAAGAACGUGGAGGCCAUGUCGGGGAUGGAGGGCAGAAAGAAGAUGUUCGACGCUGCCAAGUCCCCCACGGGGCAGUGAGAGGAGCAUCAGGAAGAAGAGCUGCCCCAUCCCUGCUGCCUGCCUCCCUUUCCCUCACUGCCCCUCUGUGCUCUUUCCACCCUUACCCUGAAUUCACCACUGAGCUGAAACAUGUGGACAACUGUGUGGGAAGGAGACCUGAGCUUCCUUCUUUCAGCACUGCCAUCAGCCCUGCUCCUGCUCAGCCCUGGCACAGCAGCUCCCCAGUAUCACCUGCACGGGCCAUGCUGUCUCCAAGGGCCCACUGGCCAUCCCUCCCCUCCCACCACUGCAGAGAGGCCUCAGAGACGGCUCCUGGUUCUCCUUCUCCCCCAUCCUCUGGCAGGUGCAGCCUGAGAUGUCCCUGUGUGGCUGCACAUGUAUUAAAGGACGGUGUCCCAGGCAGAGCAUCGCGUGGGCUCAUCACUGGGGACACUGGCCAGGGGCAGGGGCUGCUCCACAGCCUGGUGGGGAGGACACCCUGGUCCUUUCCUGACCCCCUGCACUGUCCCCGUGCUGGCCCCCAGGCCAGCAGCACAUGCUGGGCUCAGACUGGCUUUGAGCUCAUCUCUUCCAGCCCCCAGGCUGCUCCCUCAUGUCCCACCGUCCCUGCUGAGCCCCCCGGUCCUGUGCAUGGGCCACCCUUGCUGGGCUCCAGCAAUGCCCCAACCUGCCACCCACCAACUGGGGGGGCUGUGAAAGAGCUACCUGCUGGCUCCCCCAAACCCCCCUUUCCUCUGGUUUUAGAAAAGCCUUCAGAGCUUGCUCCCCAAGACACCAACUCUCCCACCAGCUGCCCCAUCACAGGUCUGGGAGCUGUGGGAAUUGGGGCAGCCCCAUUACAAGGCUAUAUUCAAGCAGUGUUUCAGGAGAGCACGAGACAAAUCCACCUUUCAGGCCAAAAAUCUCAUGCUCCCCCCCAGCCCCAUCAUUUCCUGUAUCACAGCUCCCCAGACUGCAUCUGGUUGAGUGAAAGCAGCUGGGAAAUGUGUCAGCUCAUCCCCAGAGCAGGGCAGGAGGGGUGAAUUAGUGAGCAUUCACACCAUAUUGGGUCUUCUGGCUGGUUGCAGUGCAGGAGAUGCUCAGGCCCCACAGAGUGCUGGUUUUGGUGUGUGUAGCAGUGCCUUGUCCAUGUUCCCAACGUAUCCAGAGGAAUUACAGCAUCAAUGGUUUCAAACCCACACCACACUGUGGGUGUGUUGCAGCACACCCCAUCCCUUUGUAGUGAGCUUGUAAAGUGCAGAAAAUGCAAUAAACUGGGAGCAAAGUA